GGGAACAACAGCCAGGCCAUCACGAGUGACCAGCCCCCUGUCAGCCAGUGAACCAUCCAUGCUCCCGGCCCCCCUGGCUUUCCUGGGCCCGGGCCAUGCUGAUCACGGUGUACUGUGUACGGAGGGACCUCUCCGAGCGAACGUUCUCCCUCCAGGUCAGCCCUGACUUUGAGCUCUGCAACUUCCGAGUCCUCUGUGAGAUCGAGUCUGGUAUCCCGGCAGAAGAGAGCCAGAUCAUCUACACGGAGAGGAUGCUUGUGGAUGAUCACUGCUCCCUGGGCUCCUAUGGCCUCAAAGAUGGAGAUGUUGUUGUAUUGCUUCAGAAGGAUAAUAUGGGACCCCGGCCUCCAGGAAGGGCUCCAAACCAUCAUCACCAUCAUCGAGUUGAUUUCAGUGGGGUUGCCACACCGGGGACCUCGACGGCCAGGCAGCAGCGGGCGCCCUCGGCCCAGCAAUCCCACGGCUUGGGCUCUGGCGAGAAGGCGGCUUCUGCUCACGGUCUGGACAGCCCAGCCUUGAUUCGCAGCAUGCUGCUCUCCAAUCCGCACGACCUGUCCCUGCUGAAGGAACGCAACCCUGUUCUGGCGGAGGCGCUGCUCAGCGGAAACCUGGACACGUUUUCUCGGGUCUUGAGGGAGCAGCAAAGGGAGAUAGCCCUGAGAGAGCAAGAGAUGCUUCGCCUCUACACGGCCGAUCCCUUCGAUCGGGAAGCCCAGGCCAAAAUAGAAGAAGAGAUUCGGCAGCAGAAUAUUGAAGAAAACAUGACCAUCGCCAUGGAGGAGGCCCCCGAGAGCUUCGGACAGGUGGCGAUGCUCUACGUGAACUGCAAGGUGAACGGCCUUCCUCUGAAGGCGUUCGUGGACUCGGGCGCUCAGAUGACCAUCAUGAGCCAAGCGUGUGCUGAGAGAUGCAACAUCAUCAGGCUGAUGGACCGACGCUGGGCUGGAGUUGCCAAAGGGGUGGGCAUACAGAGGAUAAUGGGCCGCAUUCAUCUAGCACAGAUUCAGAUUGAAGGUGAUUUCUUACAGUGUUCUUUCUCUAUACUUGAAGAGCAGCCCAUGGACAUCCUUCUAGGGCUAGAUAUGCUCAGAAGACAUCAGUGUUCCAUAGAUUUGAAGAAAAACGUGCUGGUGAUUGGCACCACCGGCACACAGACUCCCUUCCUUCCCGAGGCAGAGGUGCCCAUAUGUGCUAUGUUGAUAAGUGGUAGUGAGGAAGAGGAGUCUUCAAACAAGGAAGUAGCAGAAAAGAUUAAACACCCAGUCAUGGAUUCAGGACGCAAAAAGCACUGAAGCAGGAUUACAGAUAGGUCACCAUCUUGGAAAGAACCUCAAGUCCCAGGAAAUUAUAAGACACCAACUCACUGGCAGCGUUAUCAUUAAACACAUCCAUAACAGCUCAGCUGCGUACUCGGAUGGUUCCAUGUGUGAAUCAGAUGGUUCUUGUGGCUCCCUGGUCCACUCCCGUCGUUCAAAAAUCACUGAACCCCAAUGGGAAGGCUCUGGGAACCAGUCGGUUUCUGGCUAGUCUGAUGAGGAGGAAAGUCAGUCUCUUCUGCAAGAUUAUAGGGAGGCAGGUCCAAGUAAUUGUCAUUUUGCAACAAAAUGGCAAAAGCCAAUGCUGCAGACUUUAUAGGUAUCUGUACAAGACAAUUUCACAAAAGCACUCAUGUUUUUUGUUUGUUAGUUGAGCCGGGAUGUUGCUGUGUAACAGUGGCCAUCCUCAAAAAUCAUGAUUUUCCUGCCUCUGCCUCCUGAGUGCUAGGAUUUCAAUGUGUGCUAUCACGCCCAGGCUAAUAAGUUUUAUUUUAUUUUAUGUCUGUUUUUACAGAUUGCAUUUUCUUUGGGAAAGGUAUGAAAAAUGGCGGGUCAAUUAUAGGCUCAAACAGAUUAAUACUUAUAAAUAUCUCUUUGGGGCAGCAUGAGGGUUUAUUUCCUCAUAUUUGACAUCUUUCCUGUUUUCUAACCUCCAAUGUGUUUUGAUUUCUCAUGACACUGUUCACCCACUUUUAUGUAAAAAGAGCUACUUCUUUUAGUCCAGACACCAGAUUCUUUUUCUGGGUUUUU